AUGAGGCGUUGUCGGGGGAGCAGCUGUACCGCCAUGGAGCUGGAGAAAGACCAGGACUGCAGCAUUCAAGAAAAAAUUGACUUUGAAAUGAGAAUGCGAGAAGGAAUUUGCAAAUUGCUUACUGUGAGCUCACAAAAAGAACAAAUAUUGCAUGCAACUAAAAACCUGAUGGUUUGCAAUGCUCGCAUACUGGCCUACAGGACAGAACUACAGAGGAAGACAAGAGAGUCAACUGUGAACAGAAUUACAGGACAAUGCUCAGAUUUUGCAGCUAAAGACCGUACCGCAUGUAGAGGCAAGGUUGCCAUAUCAGAUCUCCGAAUUCCAUUGAUGUGGAAGGGCUCUGAUCACUUCAGCAGCAAAGACAGAACCCAGCGUUAUUCAGUUUUUUGCUUACUUAAAAUAGGAGCUCAGGUUUUUGAUACGGACUUGCUUAUUGUGGAUAAAGCAAUCACAGACCUAUGUUUUGAAAGUGUAACGGUGUUUGAGGAAGUUGGGCCAGAAUUCCAGCUAAAGUUUGAAGUCUACAGCUGCUGUUGUACUGAAGAACCUUCAACUAUAGCAAACACGCCCAAGAAGCUAGUUAAGAAGUUGAAAACCUCAAUUGGAAAAGCUACUGGGAAGAAACUCGGUUCUACAUUAGUUGAUGGCAACCCUGAAUCCUUGUUGCUCACGGACACAGUUGUACUUGGUGCAAAAUUCAGCUUGCUGGCACAUACAUCGUUAGGGCUGGAGUGUGUUGAGGACAGUUUCAAGACCCACAGCCUUACUGUUGUGGGAAAUGAGGAAUCGUCUUUUUGGGUUCCAUUGUAUGGCAGCAUGUGUUGUCAUUUAGUUGCUCAACCAUCCUGCAUGACCAAGGAUAUGAUGACUGGAUUUCUUAAUCAACAGCAAAUGGUAGGGAAUCUGACUAGCUGGCGAAAGCUAUAUUGUGUGCUAAGAGGUGGCAAACUCCUUUGCUACUCUACUCCGGAAGAAAUAGAACCUAAGGUGGAGCCAACUUUGACAGUGUCUGUCAACAAGGAAACCAGAAUUCGUGCUGUGGAUAAAAAUACCCGGAAAAAAACCUAUAACUUUUCUGUUAUCAACCCUGGGGCUGGUGAGGCUGUGACUCAGAUUUUUGCAGUUGAAAGCCGGGAAGACCUUUAUAAGUGGAUGGAAGCUUUCUGGCAGCACUUCUAUGAUUUCAGUCAAUGGAAACACUGCUGUGAAGAAUUCAUGAAAAUUGAGAUUAUGUCACCACGGAAACCACCAUUGUUCUUGACAAAAGAGGCCACUUCAGUUUACCAAGAUAUGAGCAUUGAUUCCCCAGCAAAAUAUGACAUAGUGCAACAAAAAAUUGAGGAAGCCAAUGGGAGUUGGCUAAUUGGCCAAGAAGAAGAAGGUGGACCUCCAUGGGCUGCAGUGUUUGAUGGUUCUCACCAGGUGCUUGUGCAGAAAAACAUGUUUCCAGGAGUAAAUGAAGAGGCUGUAAACCCCCAUGAAGGGAAAGGCAAAAAAAGAAGAGCACCGCUUCCACCCUCUGAUAAGCCACCGUAUACCUCGGCAGCACUGACGUCAUCAAACCAAUGGGGAAAGGAAAACAUUUUGAAUAAUUCUCCUCUCCCAUGUAGGAAAUGUUCUUCUAAUUCAAGCUUAUCUUCUGUACUGCACUUCAAACGACCCAUUGCAGCUCCUCGUAAGCCAGUUUCUUGUCAAAAAGGUACCUUCGCUGACAUUGAAAGUCCCGGCCCUUCAGCUACAAAGGCUGCUUGUGGUGAUAAGCCCAUUCCUGUUCCAAGGCAGAAAUCAGUCCAAGAUGCUUGA